AUGCAUGAAUUGGCCAAGCUUUUGGAAUCACUACCCUCUGAUGUCACUUGUUUUCUGUCCAACCAUGGCAUAAAUUGGAAAUUCAUCCCUCCUUACGCACCCCACCAUGGAGGCCUGUGGGAAGCUGCCGUCAAAUCCGCUAAAACACUGUUGUAUCGCUGUAUUGGAGACAAGACUCUCACAUAUGAAGAAUUUGACACAAUAUUCACCCACAUAGAAAGCAUUUUGAACAGCCGACCGCUAACUGAACUGUCUUCACAGCCCGCAGAAGCCGCUUCUGUUCUAACACCUGGCCAUUUCCUAGUAGGUGGACCCCUGACCGCACCACCGCAACCGAUAGAGACUAAAGAAAUACUAUCAACUGCUGUUGGAGACAUUGCAACCAAAUGA